AUGGCUAGCCUCGUUGCCGAAGCUAUGGUUCAGUGCCAGGAAACGGAAGCCACAUAUGCCAUCAUCACCGACGAAGUCCGAUCGCUCGUGCUACGAAGCAACGUAGAUCUAGAAACUGACAUCGACGCUGAGAUAUUUGUCGCUGAGAAGGUCUCUAUUCGACAAAUUAUUACCCAUUUUGUCUACAGAGAGACUCGGGAAAAGGGCCUCUGUGUUUUGGAUUAUGUUUCCUCAGACCCUGUCUGGUCAGGCGUUACAGCUUCGAGGAACCCUAGGCCCUUGCCGAGACUCCUGCUACGCAGGUCAUUCGAGGACUUCGAUGUGUAUACCAUGCAGAGGGACAAGUUGGCUUGGGACGAUUUUAUGAUAUGGUGGAAGAUAUACGACGAGGAGGCCGGGAUUUCUGGCAUGGCCCCAUGGAACCUGCAACCUGGUACACGUCUUCCCGCCUCGCAAUUACGCAUCUUUGGCGAAGGGGGACAUCAGGUGUGGAUCCCACAAGGUCGCCCCUUUAUCCCCAUCCCAUUCGAGACAAAAGCACUAGUCGUGCGACGUUACAGACCAAGGGAAGACCACCUGCAUCAUCUCUACGCCGGAAGAGUGCACGAUCCAAACUCCCAGGGCCACUCGUUCGAGAUCUCGUCCGCUAUAUCGGCCGGCCGAGCGCAAUACUCUCAGACCUUUCUGGGCCGCUUCGACGGAGAGGGACCGCUCAUGUGCUUGAAACUCUUCGAUGAACGUUUCUUUCCCUUACCAGAGCGUGCAUGGGGCCAUCAGUAUCGCCAUUCUCGAGAGAGACUUACGGACUUCAACCUUGCUCUGGACAUGAUUCGACGAGAGGAAGCGGUUUACAAGCGGCUUGAGUAUCUUCAAGGCUAUCUUAUUCCGCACUGUUACGGCUUCCACAAGGCACGUCCCAGUCUGUAG